GGGGCGCUUUUUUUUCAGGUGAAAGGUGUGCUGAAGCGGAAGGUCACGGCAGAAGACCGGCGAGUUGACUGGGCGCUGCCGGCGGAGGACGUGGCACGAGCCGUGCGGUCAUGCGACUCCCAGCCGGGCGCGUUGGGUACACUCCGCGUGGCCGUGCAAGAUCAACUGCAGGAGCGCGACUUUGUGCUGUUCGGCGCAUGCGUGGAAGGCGAUCCCGACAUCGUGAGGCGUCUGAAGAAGGAGCGUGACGUCACACCUGGUGACGUCAUCGGGAAGAGGAACGGCGCUGUCAUGGUGGCCUGCGGUGAAGACACUGCCGUCUGGAUCUCACAUCUUAAGGCCUCCCCCAAGAAGACCAGUCUGAAGCUUCCCGCCACGUCCGUCCUCCCUUCAGUUGACGUCACGUCCCUUCCCAUCGACCACUGCGAGCCACUUUCUUACGGCACCAGGCCCAAGACGUUCCAAGACGUCUGGACGACGCGCCAAGACGGCGUCUGCUACGUGCACUUCGACUUCUACAACGGCGCGAUGAGCACAGACCAGUGCCGCCGACUCGAGCAGGUUCUGUUACGUGUGAACAAGGAUCCCGACUGCUCUGUUGUGGUGCUGAUGGGCGGGUAUAACUUCUUCAGUAACGGCAUUCACUUGAACGUCAUCGAGAACUCCGAAUGUGCCGCCACCGAAUCGUGGGCUAACAUCACAGCCAUCGAUGACGUAGUGAAGGCGAUAUUCAGCAUGCGCAGUAAGGUGACAGUGGCAGCGCUGCAGGGGAACGCAGGGGCCGGAGGGGUCAUGAUGGCGCUCGCUGCGGACAAGGUUUGGAGCCACGCGGGCGUGGUGCUGAACCCACACUACCGCAAGAUGGCGCUCUUCGGGUCAGAGUACUGGACUUACUCCCUGCCCUACAGGGUGGGAAUCCCCGUAGCAGAGGAACUGACCAAUGGGAUGCAGCCGCUGCUGGCAACAAAGGCCUUCGAUAUGGGUGAGAGUCUGCUUCUUUUGAAAAGUUAGCUGUGCUUGUAUUGA